AUGAAUCCACAAGGACAAAGUACACCAAAAAUGGCUGCCCAACAUACCAUUCGACCACAAGACAAGGUGCACAUGCCAGCCGGUCCGUAUCGUCCAGCCAGUGCUAUGAUUCCGUCUGCAGUGCCACGUCCUACGUCAAGGGCCAACAGUGAAGUUGGUGUUGGUUUGACGAAUGUCGGUAUGGGAUCUCGCUAUCAGAGUUACUGUACAUUGCCACGACCAGAACAAAUCGAAUUCGAGCAGCAUCCAGUGUACGGUAACGACAUUAGCCAUAUGGCCCAACAAAUCAGUAUGCUCUACGGACCGUACACUCAAAAAUCAGCCACCAAUGACAUGCAACAACCAAUCUAUAUGCAAAAUCAGAUGCAAGCAUCACCUCUGCACACUCAUACUUCGAUCCAUAUUGGCUUAAACACUUAG